AUGCUACUAAAAAAAUAUUUAAAAAAUCGUCGAAAGUUGAAAAUUCUUUUCCUACUCAUGGUCAUUGUGCUAAUUGUGGUGACUGUAGUUGUGCUGAAUAUUUCACCAAAUGUAGGCUCCACUGAACGUGUGCUCGAUGAGCAUUUUAUAGCGCGCAUCUAUGGCGGUAGUGGCGUUGGCAUUGGCGGCGGUGGCGCUGGCGCUGGCAGUGGUCGCUUGGAGCAGCCACCCCUCAAGUCGCCCCGCCAAAAUGGCAUCAUUGUGCCAGAGAAAUAUGAUGAGCACAAGGUGAAAGCGCGCAUUGCCCAGCAACGCCUGCAGCAGCUGAAGCAGGAGCAACAGCAGCAACGUAACGCCAUUGAACCGGGUGAGGAGCACACCACACUGGAUGCGGUCACCACGGGCGUACAUAUCUUCUAUAGUGCGCCUGUCGCUUGGUAUAAAACAAAAAAGUCACAACAGCCGCCAGUCGUGCCACAGCUGCAGUUGCGUGGCGCUGCCAAGGAGCUGCUGAACGAUGUUUCCGAUGCCGUCCAACCGCUGCCGACAUCGACUGCGGCCACAGCCACUGUGAAGCCAGUGCGUAUACUUAACACCGCUUUCUAUCCGGCGCUGGGGUUGUAUAAGCCCACCACCAACUUGCUGCAAAAGCAUUUCGAUAAUAUUCGCAAUUGCGGCAUUGGCGUACUCAUACUCAGCUGCAGCGGCAAGGCAGGCGAGGUGGAACUCUAUCAGCAGCUAUUGGAUUUGGCGCCCGCCUACAAUUUGAGCAUCACUUUCGAGAUUAGCGUGGCCGGCAAUCAGAGCGUGGAGUUUUUGCAACAACAACUGGAGGCAGUGCGUCGCUACUCCACCGCUGAGAGUUUCUAUCGCGUGUAUUCGUUGUCGCGUAAGCGUUUAGUGCCGUUGAUUUACGUAAGCAAUGCUUACAAGUUGAGCGAAACGCCAGCAGGACGUGCGCUGUGUCAAACGCAUCCGGAAAGUUUGCGUCGCAUUUUUGAUGCAUACUUUAUUGGGCAUAUUAGACUCAAAAACCACGUUGAUAUUAUGCGACGACUUUGUUUCGAAGGCUUCUACAGUAAAUUGCCGAGUAAUGGCGCCACCUUUGCGAGCACCUGGAAGAAUUGGUCCUAUUUGAAAUCAUUCGCAAUGACAUAUAAAAUGUUAUUUGUGCCAACUGUGGGACCAGGUUUUGCAGAGCGGAAUAAAUUUCCACGACACGGUGAUAUACAAAGGCAUCGCAGUAAUGGGAGGUACUAUGGUGUCGCUUGGCGUACGGCGAUUCUCAAUCACGUUGGCUUCAUUAAUAUAGCCAGCUACAAUAACUGGCCGGAUGGCAGUCAAAUUGAGGAGGUCAUUCCGAAAGCUGGAUUUCUAGACUAUAAUCCUGGUGCCAAAACUAAGUAUAUAGAUUUAACUACACACUGGGUGGGCAAUUUCUUAAAGACACGUAAUGAGGCGGCCGCUGUUGCUGUUCCCGGUCAGCCGAGUUGUUAUGAAUUUUUGAAUAAUACGAUUUGUUGAAAA